AUGGUGUUUUUUGUCAAGACCUCCAGGACCCUGAGCUCGUCCGCUUCAGAUGAGUGUGAGUCGGGCAGCCACAGCAUGGAGGACAACUCGGAUGGCUUUUCCGACGAAUCCUCCACGCACAUGAGCCGCGUGGACUCAGACAUUGCUCACACGCGAACCAUUUACACCAGAAGUAGAACAAAGAUGGCUUUGAUGAGGCAUCACUUGUCAAAUGGCCAGCGAGUGCUACACAAGACGCGCUGCCGUAUUUCUGGAUCCUUCCUCAUGUUGGGCCUGAUUUGUUCAGUCUGCGUGAUCUUUGAGUUCUCGCGGCAAGAAAGCCUGGAAGAAUUGGGAAUGCUAAACAGCACCAAGUAUGUGGACCAGGCAAUAUUUGGUGCCCUCAUGUAUUUCUUCCAAAUCAUUUGCUGCUGCUUAGCACCCAUGGCGGACGACCCACGAUUGACGCGAUGGGCGCUCUUGCAGCUGUCCUUGGUUGGACUCUUGGCCGUGAUUUUCUUGGUUGGCCCGACCCUGGCGACCUACCUGGAUACCGUGGAGAAGCAAAACACUUCAGAAGGAGGUUGCCUUCAGCCGAGGUAUGGCAUUGACGCACCAAACAUGGUGUGUGACAUGAAGUUGGUUCAGCUUGUAAUGCGGACGUGCUCUUUGGCCCUACUGGUGAUCUCCAACUUCAUUGUGGUCUUCUGGGAUGAUACUGCCCAUAUGCAGAGGGCUAUGUGGGGUAUAGCCACAGUUUUCAUCAUGGUGGAGACUGGUGCCAUUGUGAUCUACUCUGUGACUGUGGCCAUUUUGAUGCACGUGCUGGAUCCAAUGUCCCUGCGUUUGGUUGGGAUGCUCCCAGCUUUGGCGGUGAGUCGGAUGAAGACCUUACGAAGCCGAGUUCAGAUGAUGAUCUCCGGCAUGGCACGCUACCGAAACAACCGUGCGGCCGCGGCUGGCAUCGCUGGGCUAGUUGGCAAUUGCUCUAUACACGAGGUGAUGGGCCAAGCGAAAAAAACGAUUCCGCUCCGUGGACUUCUCAUUGCUCGACGAGAAUGA